AUGUCCGACCCAGCUACGGAUUCACACCCUGCUUUCUACCACUCAAAAAAGCGCAUCUGGGACUUCCCAAUCACUACACCUCCAUCUGGAUCAAAACAAAGAACCUGGGGGUCAAGAUUGAACACGUAUUGCGUCGGAGGAUUUGACAGCCUCUGGAAGCUUUGGUAUGCCGUCUUCGUUGUUGUCUCAACUUGUUGGCUUGUUUGGCUUGCAAUUCUCCGUUAUCAGGAGUUCAAAAUGCAGUCUUUUCACCCACGAUUCGGCUUUGAAUGGAACUGGCACUUCCCGAUGAACCUCCAGGUUGCAUGUCUAGUUGUUGUGGUGUCUUUGUUCCCCGUAUUAGUUUAUUCUGCUAUAUCGAGAGUGGGGCAUUCGGCGAACGAUGGAAUUACUCUCGGCAGAGAUUGCCUUCACCUUCAUGCAAUGUUGGCACAGCUACCGUGUUUUAGACUGGCUCAAAGGUCAGCCGACCCCGAGGCGGCAGAGCGGUUAAGGUCGAGGAUAGCCCAUUCAACACAAUCACUAAAUGAAACACCACAGUCCCCUGAUUUCGAGUCCUUUAUCAUUCAAGACAGAACGGUGGGUUUUGACAACGGUGGGUGGUGGGUCGCGGCCAGGCGGCAACUUCGACCAUUCGCCUGCCUCAUCCACGUCCUAAUUGCCUUCGCUCUCCUUUUACCUGUUUCCGUUUUCGAAGCGGAACAGAUUAAAAAUGAAGCCAUACGGCCCGACUACGUAUGGCGUUCAAAUCUGGAUUGGCUGCUAAAUAGCUUUCGACUUGCAACGGUUCCUAAUAAAACACAGGCAAAUUACUACAGUGCCCCAUCGGCUGGCAAUCAGCUCCUUCACUCUUACUCAAAUGAACCGAGAUUCGAAAGUAUCCAUGUGCACGACCAAAGGGAGGUUCCUAAUCGCUUCGCUGGCCAUCCAUAUCCGUCAAAUCCACCUGACAUUAGUCCAGAAUUUGUUGUUUUGGCGACGGCACUCGUGGUGCUCACAGUUCGCAUCGCGGCUCCGUUUUGGUUCACCAGUCGCGUUUUCUCAAUCCUCCUGUCUUUGUACACCGCCGUCACUGGCUGUUACGUUUUACUGGAAGCUGCUACUGUGGAACUGCUGUUAAAAAUUUUCACCGCUGGAGUUAGAGACCAAUUUGGUGCCCGUGUAGAUCUAGUUCCAGUUAACUCCCAGCUUUUCGAACCAUGGGUUUGCACUGUUGUUAGCGGCAUCGGCUUUUUAUCCCUCCUUGCAGGAUUGAUGGCGUUUUAUUCUUUAGGCGAACUGUUGUUUCAGCAAUCAGUCACCAACUAUGCCAAUCUAAUCAUGGCAGGCGAGUUUGACGCUCCAAAACAAGGAGACCCGUUUCUGCGUGAAGAGAAGGGCUCCGCUCUUCUGGAAGAUGCGAGUGCACAUGAAAUCGAUUUAUAUGGUCCCAGCGUAAUCGCCGUGACCACAAAAGUUUGGCGACCGUCAAGACGAAAUCCACUGGUCUUUGGAAAUUCUUCGUCUAGAGCUGCAACUCCGUCCGCUUUGUCGGCCAGCAGUGAUACACUUCGAUCAAAAUCAGCCAUUAAUUCAACGGCACAACCAAGUGUUAUCGGCAAGUCGACAAAUUUGAGAUCAUCCGUCGCAUUUUGGCCUUCGCUAACUUCGGCUUUUUCAUUCUGCUGCCUGGCGAUCACACGAAGCUGCCUUUUUGGCCCAAUGUUGCAGUGUUUUUGGCACGCACGUGUUCGCCUUCCACUAAUUUUUGUCAUCUUGUCGAUACUCUAUUUAAUUCUCUGGCUAGUUCUGUGGUUUGGUGUUGCAGUCAAAACAGCUUGGAGGUUCCGUCUGCUUCACAUGCCAGCUCCUUCCACCGGUAGAUCCCGACUGACGUCUCCAAAACACCGGUCUCAUGCAGAAAGACUGGGACUGGGAGUCUCCCAGUUUGCCCCCUGGCCACUCAUGAACAACCCAGCCGCAGCUCAACUGGGUGCGAGCUACUUCUGGCCCUGGUUACAAUGCCAAAACGGUUUCAUUCCUGCUCAAAACGGGAGUUUGGCGUUUGGCGGUUCGUCAACGCCAUACGAGGGAAAUUAUGCGAACCGAGGGCCAUCUGGUGCAAACUCCGUGUACGGCUGUUUCACUGAAGCACGACAGGCCAAUCCAGGCGGGUUGCUUCGCGAUGGCCCACCGACUCUAUCGGACGAAUCUGAAAAUGCCAUUCAAAUGGGAUACGACAGGUCGACAAACUAUGCCUAUCUCCAAAAAGGAGCGGGAUUGGUUACUAUAUGCGACGGAGAUAUUGUGUCGGAUGAAUCCUAUCAACCAUUCAGGGGGAAUUCUAGUGAUCCUGCUUACGUGAGUCUUGCGUCAUUAGGCCGUGCCGGCAGUCCGCAGCGAUCACAGGGGGGUUCACGAAGGGUUGCACCUGGUGCCCGUGUGACCUUCAAAUCGGAUGACGAAGUUGGAGGUGCGGAGGGGAACAAUGCGAGCAGCGAUAGCGGUGUCUGUACGAACGGCAGUGGAAGUCGCAUUACGGGAAAACUGAAUUUAACCAGCCACCCUCUCUUUGUUGGAGCCAGUGACCGUGCAAGCAGUCCACAAGGAUUUAUUACAGCGCCUGCAGCAAGCACAGUGCACAGCCCCAUUAGAUUAGAGAGCGAUGAGAGACUUUGUAGUCAGGUUUAA